AUCCGGGACUAACCGCCUCCAAUUUUCUAGUUGGAGAUGGCGGCAGUACAGUUUCGGAAACUAGACGAGAACGAGGAUGAUCGGGAAGAAAUAGAAGUCAGCAUGUCCGACCAUACGUUUACUGUGGAUGAUGCCAUUGAACAGUGUGGAUUUGGUUUGUUUCAAAUUUGGCUUUCUAUUUUCUCUGGACUUAUCUGGAUGGUAGAUGCUAUGGAAAUGAUGUUGCUCUCAAUUCUUGCACCUGAAGCUCGUUGUGAUUUUCAUUUAGCAGACUGGGAAGAGGCAUUGAUUACAACAGUAGUAUUUAUUGGGAUGCUUAUUGGAUCAACACUAUGGGGAAAAAUAUUGGACAAAUGGGGUCGAAAGAGGGGCUUGUUUUUGUCAACAAUCUGGGUGUGCUAUUUUGCCUUGCUGAGUGCCUUUGCAUACAGCUAUGUUUGGUUGCUGGUGCUUCGUGCUUUGGUCGGAUUUGGUAUAGCAGCAUCACCACAAGCAAUGACUUACUAUGCUGAGUUUCUGCCAGUAAAAAGCAGGGCAUAUUGCCUUAUCUUUGUUGAGGUGUUUUUCUCUAUUGGUACAAUGUUGGAAGUAGUCCUUGCUAUUAUUGUGAUGCCACGGUUUGAUUGGCAUUGGCUUCUUGGCUUGACAGCAAUUCCAGUUUUUAUUGAUCUGUUUGCUUUUAAGUUGGUUCCUGAGAGUCCACGAUAUUAUGUAGCUGCUGGUCAGCUGGAAAAGGCCCGUGAAGUUCUUGAACAAGUGGCAAGAAUGAAUGGCAAAACUUUACCUGCUGGUAGACUUGUUUCUCAUAAAGGCAAGCAGAACAUUGAUGCAUCAGUGGUGUCAGAAUCAGAAUCAACUUUAGAAACACAUGCAGAAUAUCAUUCAACUGACAGGCAUACUGUCACUAAAGUAGAUGACUCCAAAGUAAAGUCAUCAGAUGUUGAUGACAGGCCUGUAGUCACAAAAGUAGAUGGCUCAGGAGUUGAGCCAUCGUAUGUUGAUGAAGGUUCAGAUUUACUGACAUCCAAGUCGUCUGAUGGAAACGGCAAAGUUAGCCAGAAUGAGCGUGGAAGCUUUUCUCUUUUGUUUUCGUCAAAGAAAAUGGGAAAGAGCACUAUUUUGCUUUGGGUCAUUUGGUUCAGUAUGGCUUUUACAUACUACGGUAUUGUUCUUCUUACGACUGAAAUGUUAGCAAUCAUUAAGGAGAGAUCCAAUGAUUCCAGUGUUGUUCCUUGUAUUGAAGAAGCACCAGUUGACAAUGACAACUGUGCAAGACUUGAACAAGAUGAUUAUUUGACUUUAUUGUGGACAACUGCUGCAGAAGCACCAGGGCUCAUUAUAACUGCUCUAAUAAUAGAGAGGAUUGGUCGCAAGAAGACUAUGGCAUUAGAGUUGGCUGGUUGUGCUGUCAUGUUUUUGUUGAUGCUGAUAUGUCCCAUUAGAACUGCUUUGCUCAUGUUGUUAGUGUUUUUAACACGUGCUCUAAUAACAGGAGGAUAUCAAGCUGCAUUUGUCUAUACACCUGAAGUGUUUCCAACUAAUGUGAGAGGACUAGGAUUGGGUUCUUGCAGUGGAGCAGCUCGACUUGGGGCAAUAGCAACACCGUUUAUUGCUCAGGUUGUAUUGAGAGCAUCUAUAAGUAGUGCUAAAGGCACUUAUGCAGCUGUUGGUCUGUUGUGUUCAAUCUGUGCUUUGUUACUUCCUAUCGAAACUAGAGGGAGAUUGAUGACGGAGCAGGUUGAUUCUUUGUGAAACGACAGUUAACUCAAUUGCUCUUGCAUCGAUUUUAAUUGCAUAUAUGUUUUACUUGUACGUUUUAUUGCUCUGAUCAUAUGAUAGGUGAUGUGAUAUAUUUCUUUUAUUCUUAAUUAAUUAACAAAGUACAGUUCUCAAAGGGCAA